UAGAACUUUAUAAAUUAAAACAUUUCAAUAUUAAACUAUGUUGGCUGGAAUUAAACUAAUUAUGAAAUAGUGUUCAGUCCUAUGUAAUCUUAUCUGGUUAUGAAAUGAUUUUCGACUGGUCAUAGAUCAAUUUUUGGUUGUUUUUGAAACUGAUUUUAUAUUGGUUAUGAAAUAGUGUACUUGAGCUAAUGAAAAACAUUAAAAGUGAUGCUUUUUUUGUUGAUUUGGAAUGCUUAGUAACAGAAACUAAAAAUAAAAAACAGAACAAUAAAAAGGGUACCGCUAUAUUUAUACCACUUACUAACAAUAAUCAAGAUAAGUUUAAAUACAGAAAAUUGAAAUCAACUAUUCAGAAUAAUCAAUCCAUUCUAUCUAAUCAGAAUCAAACGUUUACAAAAAGUGAUGAGGCAAAAAUGCGAGAGUUGUAUAAAGGUAAGUUUAUCAAUAAAAAAGAUUGCAGUGGAAAUUUUCUCACAGAAAAGAAAGUCUAUGAUAAAAAAAACGUUAACUUGAGUUGUACUUGCUUACAUAAUAAAUUGUGUUUGUGUAAUAAAGAUAUAAAGAAUUUUAAUUGUGUCCCAGAAAGUGAUAGUAGUAAAGAGUGGGUUUUACCAAAACUGCCCAAGUGGGUUAUUCAAGAUGGAAUGUCUAUAGAUUUAAAUGUUGUCAAGCCCUUUAUUGAAAUGACUUAUGAUAAAGUUUUGCCAGCUGACCUGCCAAAAAAAAGUUCUAGCAACAUAAUUAACAGUCAAAUGUAUACUUCAUUAGACCCAGAUCCUCAUUUUGAAAUAAAGUUUAAUGGUUACAUAACUGAAAAAUCAAUUUCAAAUGAUAUCUUACCGCCAAUUAAUAAUAAUAAUACAUUAAAUAAUCUUUUUCCAUGCGAUGCACAAAAAAACUGCACACAAGUGGCAGAAUCAAAUCACAAAAGUUUUACUUCCAAAGAUUUUUUUAGGCAAAAGUCCAGUUUUGUCCAAAAAAGCCUUUCUGUAAAAUCUCAUCAGGGAAGUUACUAUAAAGAUAAUCUAGUAAAAAUGAGUACGCCAGUGAAUAUAAAUGAUGGACUUAAAUCAUCUUGUGUUGUCAUUAAUCAAAAAUCUUUCAAUUUAAAUAGCUCAUGUAAAUUAGCCGAAGAAAUUAAAUUACAUCACUUGAAUGAAAGCAAAAGAACAUACAGCUGUUCUAUUAAUUCACCAGUUUCUACAAAUUUUUCAAAUUCAACUUUAGGUGACUCUUUUUCUGAAGAUAAACAAUUUUAUAAUAUAGAAAAACAAUCUUUUAAUGGAUUAGAACAGAAUAAUGCAUUUCAAACGCUCUCAAAUAUUUCUGUUCAAAAAGGAAAGCAAUUAUUAGUUCAUCAUACUGAGCCUUUUACAUCAGUUUGCAAAGACUUUAAGGAAAUGUCUAAUUUGCUAUUUCAAAACACCAAUACAAAAGAUAUUUCAAUAUCUAAGGAUUGUAAAAAGACUAUAGAUAAUUCUGAUAAAAGUGUUAUUCAAUAUGGAACAGUUGCUCAAGAUAAAAAGAUGCAAAAACCGUUUAGUUACUACGCUAGUCAACCAUCUGAAGAUAUUUUCUCUAAAGAAAUUGUUGAAUGGCAAAAAGGAAAAAUGAUAAAUCGUGGUGCUUUUGGAACAGUCUAUCUUGGUUUAACAAAUAAGGCUCAACUGAUUGCUGUAAAAGAAGUCAAAAUGGAAAAUGAAAAUUUUAAAAAGAAUUAUGAAAAGUUACAAGAUGAAGUACGAAUGCUUCAAUGCCUAAAUCACAAAAAUAUUGUUAAGUUUAUUGGUACUUCGAUGGGUCAAAACAUUGUUCAAAUUUUUAUGGAGUAUGUUUCUGGUGGAUCUUUAGUAGACCUCAUUUCCAAUUUUGGUCAAUUAAAUGAAUGUAUAUUUCAACAUUAUACUGUUCAGAUUGUUUCAGCUGUUGCAUAUAUUCACAAAGCAAAUGUGGUCCACAGAGAUAUAAAAGGUGCCAAUAUUUUAAUAACUAUUAAAGGAAUUGUUAAACUAAUUGACUUCGGUUGUGCUAAAGAAUUAAGUCUUAGUCAGGAUAAUAAGGCUAUGUUAAAAUCAAUAAAAGGGACUCCAUAUUGGAUGGCUCCAGAAGUUAUUAUUGGAACAGGGUGUAAUCAUAAAUCUGACAUUUGGAGUAUUGGCUGUACAGUCCUGGAAAUGGCCGAUGGAAAACCUCCUUGGAGUAACUAUGACCCUCAGGCUGCUAUGUUGGCAAUUGCAGAAAAUACAGAUGACCCACCUUCAUUAUCUCAAACAUAUUCUGAAAAUGCUAUAAGUUUUGUUGCAGCAUGCCUAACCAGAGAAAUGAAUUUGCGUCCAUCAGCAAAUGAUUUACUUUUUCAUCCAUUUAUACAUGAAAGCAACCAAGUACUUUAAAUGGCGUUUUUUAUUUUCACAUAUUGUGCAGAGCUCUUGGAGAUCUUAGUUUGAAGAUUUU